UGGCUAGGUCGACCACGCGACGGGACAAGUCUAGUGAGGUGAAUUCCCCUAAUACAUAGAAAAACAUGGGCUGUGUCAUGCGUAUCUGAAGAGGAGGUUGCUUCGCAACUUUUCGGCUAAUAGUCUAGGGUAGGCCUAUUUUAAAGAUCAUGGUUGAACGUGUUUCUGCAGACGUCAAUGCGUUAGAGAUACUCAAUGUCAACGCAUUAUUAUCAAUUUUUACCAUAAUUCGGACAACUAUCACUACAAAAGGUCUGAUAGAUUGUCUGCCAAGUAUUUGUAAUCUUGUUUGAAGAAAGAAUAUUUCCACAAUGGAUUUAGACUCAUUCAGAAGACGUAUUGUGAAUGUAUUAAGCUCCAUCACAGUCGAACCAGUUAUGUUUCUAUUCAUGCUAGGCUCAUUUCUCCAGUACUCAUCACUUCAGCAACUACUAUACUACAAAGUCUGUAUGAUAGAGUACAACGAUACAGUCAUCUGUCAGAACCUUAGCUUCUAUGAUACAGAAGAAAGUUAUGUACAAAAGCAGACUUCCCAUUGGUUGAUUCUCAUCAACAUUGCCCUUGCAUUUCCAACGGUGGUCUCCUCAAUGUUUCUCGGACGUUGGUCUGAUAAAGUCGGAAGAAAAAUGACAAUGAUAACUCCUCCUGUUGGUGCAAUAAUAAACGGCUUGGUGCUUACGUUUUCAUCCUGGUUCAUAUACAGCCCUGUGGCCUGGUUAUUUCUCGGAACAAUCUGCUUAGGCCUCAGUGGAGCGUAUGCCACAUUAACAUUCUCAGUUUUUAGUUACCUAGGUGAUGUGACAAAAAAGGAAGCGAGGACGAUGCGGUAUAGUAUCCUUGAAGCAAUGACAUUCCUCGGAAGUUUCCUCGGACUUCUCACCUGUGGAAUCGUCAUCGAUCAAUUGGGAUUUCCCGCCGUUUUCAUCUAUUACAUAGUCUGUAAUAUUUGUGUUAUUAUAUACGUACUCAUUUGCAUUAAAGAUUCCGUAAAUCUGGGAAGAAUUAAAUAUUUGAAUAACGCUACCGCCUCACAUGAUGAAAUCAGUGAUCAGAGGUCAGAGAAUGAUGAAGAACAAUCAAGAACAAAUGUUUGCCAAGAACUAUUGAAGUUGGACAAUGUGAAAGAAUCGCUGGUUGUUAUUGGGAGGAAGCGUCCAUUUGAGCACAGAGCACAGUUGAUAAUGCUUAUUAUAUGUCUCUUUGUACUUCAGUUGGUUGGAUCAGGAGAGAAUGAUACUUUCAUUCUGUAUGUGAAGAAAGAUCCACUGGCAUGGUCAGCUACACUCAUCAGUUAUUAUUCUGCUGUUAAGAAUCUUCUUAUAAGCUUUGUGUUGUUGCUUUGUCUGCCGUUGCUCCAUGCCUCUCGUAUCGGCUACCAGGACACAGUGCUCAUAAUCAUCGGUGUCGUCAUGCGUAUGGGUGCAUAUACAUUAUUGGCAUUUUCACGUACCACGUGGAUGGUCUUUUUAGUUCCAUUGUUAGCGUCGACCUCUGCAGUGCCUGCGGCAACAUCACGAUCUAUGAUGUCCAAAAUCGUUGACCAAAAUGAACAGGGUAGCUUAUUCGCAUUCAUGGCAUCGUUGGAGACUCUAACAGUAUCACUGGCGUCGGCCAUCUUUAACGCUUUGUACCCAGCCACUCUUAACAUUCUUGAAGGAGGGUUUGUGUUUAUCACUAUGGCGAUACUACUAAUAAUCCCAGUUAUCCUUAUGUGCUGGAUACAUGAAUUGAAGACAAUGGAAGCAUCAUACACAAAGCUGAUAGAAGGGGUCAACAUUGUGGAUGAAGAAGUACUUGAAAAUGACCUUUGAAUGCAGCUGUGUAUAAAUAAAUACCAAAUCAGAACCUUCUGCUGUCUAUGCUGACGACUCAACUAAUUGAACCACGAGAGCUUUGUUGGAGAUUCUAAUUUGAUUGGAAGCAACUAAUUUCACAUUCUUUUGGAUAAGUUUGGUGAACAGAGUUAGUUUGGGAUGCAGUGUAAAUAAGAAAGAUCAAGAUGACAUGCCAUCAUCAAGCACUUUAGGUGUCUAAAUGCAAAGCCUGGAAGAAACUUUGUAAACAUAAACAUAAUUUUUAAAUAUAUAGUCUGGAAAAAUCGGCAUAUAUAGAACAUAUUGUAAGAGUACUCCGCAUUGAAGAUGAGAAGAAGCACAUAACAAAUUUCUUAGUUUUUAGUACCUUACAAGCUCCUUGCAUCACAAUACAUGAUAAUUGUGCUGUUGUUGUUUCACAUACGUGCUACACUAUGUAGGCCCAUACUGACGUUCUUAUUACAAAUCAAAUAGAAAUAAACAUGUAUUAACUAAUCUUUGGCUAGAAUUAUAAUCUGAGUGGAUCCCUUAUCAUGGCUGCAACCUGAAUGUUAAAAGUGGCUCCGUUUACAUGCCUGUGCUCACAAAAUCUUGUAUUGUAGGCUUACGGCCUAGUCCUAAUUACCAAUACCCAGUAUCUCACUUGUAUAUACAAGUUGCUUACUGCCACAAUGUCUAAAAAGGAUCUGUGCAUUUUCACCUAAGAUAUGUGAUGCUUCUUUGGCAAUAUCAUUGGGUGUUUUGUGCAACUUGUUAUAUUGCCGUUCUACUGAAAUGACCCUCAACCUUAAACAGACCAUUAUCCAGAAAUGGAUCUAGUCUCACUAUGGUAAUCUUCAUAGCCUUAAUUCUUGUCAUUCAAAACGAUGCCUGUUUGACACUUUUAGCAAAUACUGUUUGUACGAAUGUUAACUUUGAUGGAGUUUCUAUAGUACACACUUGUUUGUUUGUCGCCCUCAUUCAAGUGAUGAAGCUAAUUCGGGCCCUAAUUGUUAAUAACAACAUUAUUAUUAAUAAUAAUUAUUGUUAAUACUAUUAUUAAUAAUGAUCUCCAAGCGUUUAUCACAUUAUUGCCCCGGUCAUUAUGUUACAUACAAUAAAUAUUGCAGCAGUAUUCAAUGCGUUGGUGUUUCAACCUACCAGAUACCCAUAUUAUUUCAUCUGGGUAGAGUGUGUACGGCCAACAACUAAAGUAUACAGUACUGAUCCUAAAUAAACUUAACAAUUUCAAAUGUCAUUUGGCCUAGACGAUUAUUUUGUGGUUUAAACUUUUGUUCAUUGUGACCCUUCAGCACUCAUUUAUUUAUUCCACUCAAUGUUGAUAUAAUACUUGAAGCCCAAUAAUAGUAAACAAUACCUUUGAAUGUUGCAUAAGUAGAUCAAGUCACAGAAACACUGCUAUUUUAACCACCUAUUCCAGUAAAGAAAA